UAUCCCUCUGCGUUUUCACUCAUAAUUCUUUCUUAAAAAUUUUAUAUAAAUAUUUGUAUGUGAAGAAAAAAUUUCUGUACAGAGCAAUAAUGUGUCGAUUAGUUGGAACUUCUCUAUGUUGCUGUUGCAAAUUGGGUCUCAAGUGUUUGUGCUUUUUUGCCUUCUCCACUUUAGGUGUUUUAGUCAUAGUAGCUUUGGUUAUCUACUUUUGCUUCUUUUACAAUAAUUCAGAGGAUACGACAACAAAGCCUGAUUCCGAUUCUACUAUGGGCACCAAAACUUUGGAGGACAGCAUGACUACCACAAAGAUCCCAUCGAUAAUCCGAGCGUAUCUCCAUCAACUUAUAGACAGAUUUUGAGAUGAACUUUAGUAUCAAAAAUUGAACCAAACAAUUAUAUAAAAUAAAUAUAAUUAGUUUUAAUAUCA